AACAGUUGACCUUUCCGUUUGUUGCUGGCGUGAUUCGGCGAAAUUACAAGACUAGAAAGGAAGAUUAAUGGGGUUUUUGGCAUGGGAAGACAGAUAUAUAAAUAGAACUAUCUUCUUGCCAAGUAUAUAAUAUUAUCUAGACAGCAAGCUAGCCUGCUCAGUGCUCAGCCAUGAAGAAUCCAUCAAGUAGUUCACCCAUCUACAUGCUAUCUUGCCUCGUCGUGUUAUUGCUUCUCCCUUUGCCAUCCAUCUUGGCUGACCCUGACUCGUUACAGGACUUCUGCGUUGCUGAUUUGAGUGCCUCUCCAUCAGUUAAUGGCUUUCCUUGCAAACCUGCGUCAAAAGUAACUUCAGAUGAUUUUUUCUUUGAUGGACUGAGCAAAGAGGGUGACACAACAAGCAGGUUUGGCUCGAAUCUCACCACUGCUAAUGUCCUUUCAUUCCCUGGGCUCAACACUCUUGGGGUGUCAAUGAACCGAGUGGACUUCGCCAUUGGAGGAGUUAAUCCACUCCACUCUCACCCUCGUGCAACUGAGACUGUUCUGGUCAUUAAAGGGAAGUUACUUGUCGGGUUUGUAACAACUGGGAACGUGUUUUACUCUAAAGUUUUGACGGUAGGGAAUAUCUUUGUCAUUCCUAAGGGACUCGUACACUUCCAAAGGAACAUUGGCAAAGGGAAGGCACUUGCCUUCACCAGUUUCAACAGUCAAUUACCAGGAGCUGCUGUCCUCCCAUUAAAUCUCUUUGCUUCAAAACCAUCGAUUCCUAACAACGUGCUGACUAAAACCUUCCAAGUAGGAGAUGAUGUUAUCAAUUCUCUUAAGUCCAAGCUCGGUUCUUAAGCUGAUCGAGGCCUUCCCGAUCAAUAGCCUCCCAUUGAUUUGAAGAUUGUGUAUUAAUAAUGCUUUUGAUAUAUAAUCAAAGCCUGCCGACAUUUUCUCGUGCUGUUAUUGAUCAGGUUAUCUAUCUGUGUUGUUAUGAUUAAUUAUUCACUCAUUCUUGAAUUAUAAUGAAAUACGAAUUUAGACCCCA